AUGGAUGGAACGAUCGAACACGAAGAAGAACAAGAACCGACUUGCGAUCACUUAAACUCAAAUGAACAGAUUCCGAUUAGCCAUGAUGAUACAAGAAAUGUGGCAGUAAGCAGUGUCCCAUUGACAGAGAAGUUGGCCUUAAUCAUGGAAUCAGAAGAGGGAAUACAGAAUCUAGAGGCUGUACUGCAAACAUUUCGGAGUACAGAUGAAAAUCUAAGGAACUUACACGACAACGUGGAAUCGAAAACGAUAGCGGAAGUGGGAAUGAUUUCGCCACAAGAUAACGUGUCCUCUUUGACAGCCACAACAAACAUUACUUUCUACGACUUUAAUUUUCAGCCUAGGAGUAUUUCGUUGCGACACCAGAAAUCAGCCAAAGUAAACUUCAAUGUAGAAAAAUGUGAAAACGUAGUAGUGGGCGAUCGCGCGGAAGUGAACAUCUGCUGUGACAAAGAUCUGUUUAAUCAGAAUAAUAGGUCAAAUUCAACCUCUUCCCGAUCGAAUGAAAGCGAUUCUCUCUUGCAAGCCGAUGGAGGUAUCAGAAACCCGGUCUAUUCGCCAGGAAAACAACGGAGGAAGCGAUCUUCACAGAAGAAAAGUGGCAAAAAUCAUGCUUUAAAAAAGAAUUCCUCAAGAAAAAUGAAAGCAGAAUGGCAAUUUCCUUUGCGUUUGUCAGAUUUUACAGACAAUGAGAGACAGGAGAAAGACAUUGAUCAGUGGCUCAAACAACUUAUACCGUCCUUGCUUCCCAAAAUACAAGACCUGGAUGAUUUUGAGUCGGUAAUAGAGCCUAUGGAAGAAGAUGGCCGAAGACUUCGAGAAAGUUCAAUUCCAAACUGCAUUGAAAAACUUGAUUACACCGUUCGAACAGCACUGAUGAUGUCGCUGAUGGAAGAGGAAGACAAGAAACAAUUCCAGACCCUGAAAAUUGAACUGCAGUUUGCAUUAGCAGAGUUUUACAUCAAGGAAGAUUAUCUUGAAGCUUUAAACUGUUUGAGAGCACUGGAGAGAGAUCUCACACUGCGUGAAGGAUUCGAAAGUCAAAAAGGCAGACUCUACGCCAAAAUAGCCAAAGUUAUGGAACUUUGCUUAGAAUUUUCCAAAGAUUUUACCACCGUUGAAAACGAACUUGAAAUUGCUCCUGAAACCCAGCUUACUGACCAAAACCCAGACGAUGUGGUGUUGAGUUACUUUCAGAGAGCCUUAGAGUCGAGCAACAAUGAGGCUCUACUUCAAAUAUCUUGUUAUUUAGGAAAGGCAUCUGUCUUAUUGAAAUGCUGCAAGGGAAAAAAUGAAAACAGAAAUUUGACACAGGUGCGAGAGAAUUUGAGAUCAGUAGAAAUCCUCUUCAAUCGUAUUUCUCCAGCCUUGAAAUGCCAAUUUUACUUGGCUGAAGCAUUUCUACUUUACUAUGAAGGACGAUUCAAAAUGGCGAAAGACAAACUUGACACACUGAUAGCUCGCGAAAUCAAGGUAGACAACGAUGAACAUCUCAUGAAGAGGUUGGAAAGGGAGUGCUUAGGCACUAAAAGGUUUCGGUUCUUAACAGAGGAAUUAGAAAAAGCACUGGCAGAAACAAUUUCCGGUGCAGAGACG